AUGUUUCGUAUUCGUCAAUAUUUUCAAAAUGAACAUUUGUAUAGACGCGAUUGUCAUAAAUGUGGAUUUUUGUGGUUAAGUACUUGUUGUAAUGAUGUCUAUAUUGGCAUUGGGGAACGUAGAAUUGUCUUGUCUGGUUGCAUAAAAAAUCAACUCUCAGAUGCCAAUUCUUUAUAUGUCUAUGGGGGAUCAUUUACGUCACAAAAAGUCAAUCCUGUCACUAGUUCACAAUCGUGUCCUACAGGUCUUACUCAAGCAGCGGGACCAAAUAAUAUCAAAGUUUGUCUUGCUGAAAGACUGGUGUCAAAUUUACGAAAUUUGCCACUCUUUGGUGGUAUGUUCUCAUGUGAUAACGUAAAUCCGGCGCUUGCUUCAGCACGUAACGAGUGUCCAACAAAUUACAACAUGUAUUCGAUGGGUACAAUCGAUGGGAACUGUAUUCUAACCGUAUGUUUGAAAUUCGAAACACUUAGCAACACACAAAAGCUGCCGUCGAUUGUAUUGCCACCAUUUUUUAAUAUCGAAAAUGUAAAUUUCACUGCCGAAGCGAACCAAACCAUGAAAAGUGGUAUAAUAACAAGUCGAGCAAUGCACGAUUUGGAUAUAAUUGAAUUACAUUCAGCACCUAAAGUGAAAUCGGAAGGUGUUGACAUGAAGUUCUCUAUAAUUAACCUUUCCAUUUAUAUAUCGGCUAUGAUUCUGAUUCAAUAUUGGACAAAUAAUCAGUAUUGA